AUGGACAGCUCGAACAACUCCCUUCCUGGCGAAGGCGAGUCUCCUGUGUCCGUAUCCUUACGAGUCCUAUCUCCGUCGUUUGAAUCGAACGAGAAAAUAUUACUGCACAGUCUUCCGCUCUCUACGACCCUUCAUGAUGUCAAGACCCAUCUUACGCCUCUUGUGCCGAGUCAUCCUGCUCCAGAACAACAGCGACUCAUUUACCGCGGAAAACCUUUGAUGAACCCGAAUGCCACGUUGGAGGCCUGCUUGGAACCGCCUUUUGAUUCAGUACACACCUUGCAUCUUGUCCUACCCCCUGCACCUGAAGCUGUGAGCAAUGGCUUUGCAGCCCCCGACAGUACUCUGCGCUACAGAAAUACCUCGGGCCAAACUCCAAAUCCGACUGUUCAAAACCAGAAUGGUGGGCAGGCUCUUUUUGCUACAGGCGCCCAAGCUCCUCGAGAGAAUGGCGCAAUCCCAGUACAGCCAGCAACAAGCCGGCCUCCAGACCAACCUUCACAUUUCGCCCGGCUCCAGGAUACUCUGAACCGCAUCGAACAGAUUCAGCCACAGACAGAAGCGCUCAACCAGGCCGCAGAUAGAGCCCGCAGUGUACUCAAUGCACAUGCUAUACGCAUGCGGCUUCUAAAUGCAAACAAUGCACCAAACACCGACAGCAACAACCAACUUCCACAGCAGCCGAGGGUUAAUUUGUCUGAAUCAACCGCACCACCAGUCAAUACACAGCAGCAGUCCUGGAACACCGCAGCACCUCAGAACUUGCUGUUGGCUCGGAUAGCAUCCCAGAUAAUCGGCUUGGAGCUGGAGAUACAGCGAGGGAAUGCUCCACCCCUUGAUGCCAUCGCAAGGGCACGGGCUUCGCUCCAUGCUAUGCUUGAUGCUCGCUAUCGCCAACCCAGCAUAGGUAUUAGCAGUGAGGCGGAAGGACUGCUUUUGCGUUUACAGAAUGUUUACACGCGAGGCUACCAAAUUCGCCAGAUAGAGCACAUGCGCCAGAUUCCUGCAGCAACUGCUAGCUACCCCGGUGGACCAACUCAGGUUGCUCAGACUUCAGGGCUCUACAUGGUUACCGGACCUGGCGGAGAGCAAAUGAUCAUCAGCGCACCGAAUACGCCUCAACAACCGCCGCCAAACAUUCCAACUUUCCCACUCUUCCCAGAUGCAGCCCAACCUCCCAUCAACGACCCCCUUGCUGCCGCAGCUGCUGCUGACGGUGCAAUGCAGAACAUGGUCCGACAGGCUGUUCUCAACCAGCGCGAUGCAGCCGCAGCAGCACCAGGCAAUGGAAACCGCAAUGAUAACGGUAAUGACAAUGACCAUGUUGCUCAAAAUAUCCGCCGUUUCUGGCUGUUUCUGCGUCUUUACUUUUUCUGCUUCCUCUUCACGGACUCGGGGACAUGGGAACGCUUUUACUUCGUCCUAGCCGCUUUUAUUAUUUCUUUCUUCUCCGAGUCUCCAAUACUCCGCCGCGUUUUUGGGAUGGUCGUUGAGCCUGUCCAGCGCCAUCUCGAGGGCUUGAUUCACGGUCAACCGCCAGUUCCAGCUCAGCAGGAUGGUAAUACCAACACAAACACAAACAAUAACAACAACAUCCCCGAGCAGCGUCCUGCAGCUGCAGGCGGUGCGGAUCAUGGACUGCGUCGCAUUGAACGCGCCUUUGCCUUGUUCAUUGCCAGUUUGAUCCCGGGUGUCGGCGAACGCCAAGUCGAAGUACGCAACGCCGCUGAAGAGGCCGCUCGCAAUGCUCAGGAGCAACAAGCCCGCGAAGCAGAAGAACGAGCCCGCGAUGAAGCCCAAAACCGUGACAACACCGAUGGACAAGUUGUCAACAAUGCCAACUAA